UUUAUUUUUUUUUUUAUCUUCUUUAUAGCAAGAACAAUAUCAUUAUGGCUGCAGUUUUUGGUGUCAGUAACUUUGCGGUGACCACUGCCUCUUCUGCUACUUCCAAUGAAGCUCGACAACGUACAAUUGCCCUUUACAGAAAAUUCCAAAAAUCUGUACCUGAAAUUAUGAAGAUUCACGAAAUCAACAUGCCAACGUCCGCCAUUCGAGCCAAGAUUCGGGAACAAUUUGAACAACAUCGAUACGUGGAAGAUUUGCAAGUGCGUGAUAUUUUGUUAGCAAAGGGUCAAAUGGAAUAUCAAGAAACAAUGAAUGUAUGGAAGCAAAACAACCACAUUAUGAACUACUUUAGCAAAGAAGAAGCAGCACCCAAACCUACUACUUUCCUUGAAAAGUUUUAUGAAGGUCGUUCUUGAAAAGUAAUGUUAAUGGACUUUAUUCAUAUAUAUAUAUAUAUAUUAUACACACCAUUCACUAGUGAAUAGACUACUAUUAUUACUACUACUAUUGUUCUUUCAUGGAUCUCUCUCUCUCUCUCUCCCAAUUUCUCUUUUUUAUUUACGUUACGUUUGUUUAGUCAAACAGAAUAAAAUAAAACUAUAUCAAUAAAUCAUACUAUUAUCAUCAUCA